AUGACGUCCUCUGAUGAUCAAGAACUUAAUGAAGUUGUGGAAGCAGAACCCCUUAGAGCUGUUAAGGAUCCGGUUUUCCUCUACAGAGUUGGAAAAGCCUUCGAAGAACAAAUGUUGGAAGGAAAAAAGAGAGCAUUGCAAAAUCUUCAACUUGGAGAGCUACCAUCUCAUGUACCUAUGGUACCCAAUGUCCCGGUACCUGAGGCUGAAGCUAAAAGGGGAAGAAAAAUAAGCAGUAAGCUUCUCUUGAAAGUGCCCUUUUCUUUUCAACCUCCAACAUUUUGUUUGGAGGAAAACAUCAACUUGGAGAUAGCACUGUUAAACCGAUUCAAGGAAGGAGCAAGCUGGGGAAAUUUUGUUCCCAAAUUUUCAGCUGCAGAACGGUUACAAAAUUGGUUGCUGGAAAGAAGGGAACGCUUCAAAGAUGAGAAAAAGGACGGUAGCAAAGCAAUUCAAGAUUGGAAAUUCCGGUCCCUGCCAGCCGUAAUUAAUUUUUUGCUCCAUGAAGAUUUUCCUCCGAAAGCUCGUAACAAAAAAAAAGCAAAGCUGGCAGCAGGUGCUGCUAUAGAUAACCAAGAUUCAGGUUCGGCAUCCCGUGUGAAUGAAGCUGAUGGUCUGAUUGUUUCUCUGAUAAUCAAGGAAGAAACUACACCGAUUGAGAGUCCAAAGACAUUCACUAAGGAUUUCCUACAAGAUAUCUAUAAAUUGAAUAAGUCUGGUGUUGAUCCAAUACACAAAACUGUGUAUCGACGAUGUAUGGGAAUGUGGGCAUUGGUCAUGCUUGCUGAAUUUUGGCUUCUGCACAAACCUAAUGGAGGACUAGUGGUUAGGGCACAACCCAUAAGUGUUGUUAAGGAUCCUACUCUCCUCAAAAGACUUAAGAAAUCCUUCCACGAACAACUGAAGGAUGCCAACAGGAGAUCACUUGAGGAUAUUCAACAUGGUGAGCAUCCAUCAGUUGAACCAACGGGUCCCAUGGUCCCCGAGCCUGAGAGAAAGGCUCACCGUAAAAAAAGAAGAAACACUACUACUAAGCUUCUCUUUGAAGUGCCCUUUUCUUUUGAAACUCCAAAAUUUUGUUUGGAGGAAAACAUUGACUUGGAUAUAGUACUGUUGAACCGAUUCAGGGAAGGAGGAAGCUGGGGGAAUCAUGUUCCCCAAUUUUCAGUUGCAGAAAGAUUACAAAACUGGAGGCUGGAAAAAAGGGAACGCAACAGAGACAACAAUAAUGGCAUUUUAAUUAAAGAUUGGUUCUAUCAUCACUUGCCUUCACAGCAGACAUUACGGUCCCAGCUAGAAGUGUUUAACUUUUUGAUCCAUGGAGAUGUACCUCCCAAAGACAGCAAGAAAGCAAAGCGGUCUGAGACUGCUGCUAUACAGAUAUAA